GGAUCAUGGAUUUGGAGUGGGCGUCUGGGGGCCCCGAGGCUUCUAUCAGGAGCCCAGCUUCCCUGCGCAAGUGCCCUUCAACUAUAACCAGCUCGAGGGCCGAUUCAAACAGCUGCAAGAUGAGCGUGAGGCCGUGCAGAAGAAAACCUUCACUAAAUGGGUGAACUCUCACCUAGCCCGCGUGUCCUGCAGGAUCACCGAUCUCUACAUGGACCUGCGGGAUGGACGGAUGCUCAUCAAACUGCUGGAGGUCCUGUCCGGAGAGAGACUGCCGAAGCCGACGAAGGGCCGCAUGCGGAUCCACUGUCUGGAGAAUGUGGAUAAAGCCCUGCAGUUCCUCAAAGAGCAGCGUGUGCAUCUGGAGAACAUGGGAUCACAUGAUAUUGUCGACGGCAACCACCGACUCACACUCGGACUCAUCUGGACCAUCAUCCUCCGCUUCCAGAUCCAAGACAUCAGCGUUGAGACAGAAGACAAUAAAGAGAAACGCUCAGCCAAGGACGCCCUGCUUCUGUGGUGCCAGAUGAAGACCGCAGGCUAUCCCAACGUCAACAUCCACAACUUCACCACCAGCUGGCGUGAUGGAAUGGCUUUCAAUGCCCUCAUUCACAAACACAGGCCAGACCUGAUUGACUUUGACAAACUGAAGAAGUCCAACGCUCACUAUAACCUGCAGAACGCCUUCAAUCUGGCAGAACAGCAUCUGGGUCUCACCAAACUCCUGGAUCCUGAAGAUAUCAGCGUAGACCAUCCCGAUGAGAAGUCUGUCAUCACUUAUGUCGUCACAUACUACCAUUAUUUCUCCAAGAUGAAGGCCUUGAAAGUGGAGGGAAAACGUAUUGGAAAGGUGCUUGACAACGCCAUCGAAACUGAGAAGAUGAUCGAGAAAUAUGAGUCUCUGGCGUCUGAUCUGCUGGAGUGGAUUGAACAAACCAUCAUCAUCCUCAAUAACCGCAAGUUUGCAAACUCUCUGGUUGGAGUCCAGCAGCAGCUUCAGGCCUUCAACACCUACAGGACCGUAGAGAAACCACCCAAAUUCACUGAGAAGGGAAACCUGGAGGUGCUUCUGUUUACAAUCCAGAGCAAGAUGAGGGCUAAUAACCAGAAGGUCUACAUGCCACGAGAGGGAAAACUCAUCUCAGACAUCAACAAGGCGUGGGAGCGUCUGGAGAAAGCCGAACACGAGCGAGAGCUGGCGCUGAGGACUGAACUCAUCCGACAGGAGAAGCUGGAGCAGCUCGCCAGACGCUUCGACCGCAAAGCAGCAAUGAGAGAAACCUGGCUGAGCGAAAACCAGCGGCUCGUUUCACAGGACAAUUUCGGAUUCGACCUCCAGGCGGUCGAGGCAGCAACCAAAAAACACGAAGCCAUUGAGACUGAUAUAGCAGCGUAUGAGGAGCGUGUACAGGCGGUGGUGGCCGUGGCCCGAGAGCUGGAGACUGAAAACUAUCACGAUAUCAAGCGAAUCACAGCGCGCAAAGACAACGUGCUGCGGCUGUGGGAGUAUCUGCUGGAGCUGCUGAAGGCCCGCAGGCAGAGGCUGGAGAUGAACCUCAGUCUGCAGCGCGUCUUCCAGGAGAUGCUCUACAUCAUGGACUGGAUGGACGAGAUGAAGAUGCUGCUGUUGUCUCAGGAUUAUGGGAAGCAUUUGCUGGGAGUUGAAGAUCUGCUGCAGAAACACGCUCUGGUGGAGGCUGAUAUCGGCAUUCAGGCCGACCGCGUCAAAGCCGUCAACAACAACGCACAGAGAUUUGCUGUGGAUGAGGAGGGCUAUAAACCGUGUGACCCUCAGGUCAUCCGUGACCGUGUGGCCCACAUGGAGUUCUGCUAUCAAGAACUGACACAGCUCGCAGCCGAACGCCGCGCUCGUCUAGAAGAGUCCCGCCGCCUCUGGAAGUUCUUCUGGGAGAUGGCAGAAGAAGAGGGCUGGAUUCGAGAAAAAGAGCAGAUAUUAUCCUCCGACGACUGCGGGAAGGAUCUAACCGGCGCCGUGCGUCUUUUAAGCCAACAUCGUGCUCUGGAAGACGAAAUGAGCGGUCGUUCUGGACACCUCCAGCACACUGUACGCGAAGGCCAAGCCAUGGCUGAUGCUGGUCACUUCGGUGAAGCUAAAAUCCGAGAACGCAUCGCUGACGUCCAAGCGCAGUGGGCGGCUCUAGAACAGCUUGCAUCUGUAAGAAAAACCCGUUUGGAAGAAGCGUGUAGCCUUCAUCAAUUCCAAGCUGAUGCUGAUGACGUCGACACGUGGACGUUAGACGCUCUUCGAAUCGUUUCCACCGCUGACGUCGGCCAUGAUGAGUUUUCAACCCAAGCUUUGGUCAAGAAACAUAAAGACGCAUCAACUGAAGUGGCUAGCUAUCGUCCAGUCAUCGACGCUCUUCAUGAACAGGCCCAGACUCUUCCUCCUGAGCAGGCGAACAGUGCUAAUGUUAGCGAGCGGCUGGCGGGCAUCGAGGAGCGUUAUAAGGAGGUUUCGGAGUUGACCAGGCUGAGGAAGCAGGCUUUGCAGGACGCCCUGGCGCUUUAUAAGAUGUUCAGCGAAGCGGACGCAUGCGAGCUCUGGAUUGAUGAGAAAGAGCAGUGGUUGAACAGCAUGGAGAUCCCGGAGAAACUAGAGGAUCUGGAGGUCAUUCAGCACAGGUUUGAGAGUCUGGAGCCUGAAAUGAAUAACCAGGCCUCACGUGUGGCUGUGGUCAACCAGAUCGCCAGGCAGCUCAUCCACAGCGGACACCCCAGCGAGAAGGACAUCAAGGCCCAACAAGACAAACUCAACACCAGGUGGAGUCAGUUCCGUGAUCUGGUGGACCAGAAGAAAGAGUCUCUGAACUCCGCUUUGGGAGUCCAGAACUACCAUCUUGACUGCAACGAGACCAAAUCCUGGAUCCGUGAGAAAACAAAAGUCAUCGAGUCCACGCAGGAGCUGGGGAAUGACCUGACAGGAGUGAUGGCUCUACAGCGCAAACUCACCGGCAUGGAGCGGGAUCUGGCCGCCAUCGAAGCCAAACUAGGAGACCUCCGCGGAGAAGCAGAUAGAUUAGCCGGAGAACAUCCCGACCAGGCCAAAGCCAUCACGGGACGGCUAGCUGAAAUCACCGCGGUUUGGGAGGAGAUGAAGGAAACCCUCCGAACCCGUGAGGAGUCUCUUGGGGAAGCCAGCAAACUCCAGCAGUUCCUCCGAGAGCUGGACGAUUUCCAGUCUUGGCUAUCCCGCACACAGACGGCCAUCGCUUCUGAAGACAUGCCUAACACAUUAGCUGAAGCCGAGAAGCUGCUAGCCCAACACGAAGGCAUCAAGAAUGAGAUCAACAACUAUGAAGAAGACUACCAGAAGAUGCGGGACAUGGGAGAGAUGGUGACGCAGGACCAGACGGACGCUCAGUACAUGUUCCUAAGGCAGAGGCUCCAGGCGCUGGACACCGGCUGGAAUGAGCUUCACAAGAUGUGGGAGAACCGACAGAACCUGCUGUCUCAGUCUCACGCCUACCAGAUCUUCCUCAGAGACACCAAACAAGCAGAGGCCUUCCUCAACAACCAGGAGUAUGUUCUGGCCCACACCGAGAUGCCCACCACUCUUGAAGGAGCCGAAGCUGCCAUUAAGAAGCAGGAGGACUUUAUGACCACUAUGGACGCCAAUGAAGACAAGAUCAACGGUGUGGUGGAGGCCGGCAGGAGGCUGGCCAGUGAUGGAAACAUUAACGCUGACCGCAUACAAGAGCGUGCAGCCUCCAUUGAUGACCGGCAUAAGAAGAACCGGGAGGCGGCCGUGGAGCUGCUCAUGAGGCUGAAGGACAACAGAGACCUGCAGAAGUUCCUGCAGGACUGCCAGGAGCUGUCGCUGUGGAUCAACGAGAAGAUGUUGACAGCACAGGACAUGUCCUACGAUGAAGCUCGAAACCUGCACAGCAAAUGGCUCAAACACCAAGCGUUCAUGGCUGAACUGCAGUCCAACAAAGAAUGGCUGGACAAAAUUGAGAAGGAAGGGAAGCAGCUGGUCUCUGAGAAGCCGGAGACAGAAGCAGUGGUGAAGGAGAAGCUGGCGGCGCUGCAGAAGAUGUGGACUGAACUGGAAACCACCACUCAGACUAAAGCCCAGUGUCUGUUUGAUGCUAAUAAAGCCGAGCUGUUCACGCAGAGCUGCGCCGACCUGGACAAGUGGCUCGUGGGUCUCGAGGGUCAGAUCCAGUCUGAUGAUUACGGCAAAGAUCUGACCAGCGUCAACAUCCUGCUCAAGAAACAACAGAUGUUGGAGAAUCAGGUGGAGGUGCGUCAGAGGGAGGUGGAGGAGCUGCAGUCUCAGGCUCAUGUGCUCCGGCAGGAGGGAAAAGACACGGAUGAAGUCGACGGACGCAGGAAAGUGGUGGAGCAGAAGUUCCAGGAGCUGCUGGACCCACUGUUGAAGAGGAAAAACUUCCUCAUGGCCUCACGUGAGAUCCACCAGUUUAACCGCGACGUGGAGGACGAGAUUCUCUGGGUUGAAGAGAGGAUGCCUCUUGCUACGUCAACAGAUCAUGGCAACAAUUUACAGACUGUUCAGCUAUUAAUCAAGAAAAACCAGACACUACAGAAGGAGAUCCAGGGCCAUCAGCCGCGCUGCGAUGAUAUAUUCGAGCGCAGCCAGAGCAUCCUGAAGGCCGACAGCCCCAAUGUGGAGGGGAUCCGGACCCGUCUGUCAGACCUGCAGGGGCUCUGGAGCCUCAUCAUGCAGGAGACAGAGAAACGCCACAGCAGACUGGAGGAAGCCCAUAAAGCACAGCAGUAUUACUUCGAUGCCGCUGAAGCCGAAGCCUGGAUGAGCGAACAGGAGCUCUACAUGAUGUCUGAAGAGAAGGCCAAGGAUGAGCAGAGUUCAGUGGCCAUGCUGAAGAAACACCAGAUCUUGGAGCAGGCGGUGGAGGAUUACGCUGAAACUGUGCACCAACUGUCCAAGACCAGCCGAGGCCUGGUGGCCGCAAACCACCCUGAAAGUGAGAGGAUUGGCAUGCGUCAGUCACAGGUGGAUAAACUGUACGCUGGACUGAAGGAUCUGUCGGAGGAGAGGAGAGGGAAACUGGAGGAGCGCUUCCGUCUGUUCCAGCUGAACCGUGAGGUGGACGAUCUGGAGCAGUGGAUCGCGGAGCGGGAGGUGGUGGCUGGAUCUCACGAACUCGGACAGGACUAUGAACACGUCACUAUGUUGCAGGAGCGUUUCCGUGAGUUUGCUCGCGACACUGGAAACAUCGGUCAGGAGCGUGUGGAUGGAGUGAACCGCAUGGCGGACGAACUGAUCAACGCUGGUCAUGCAGACGCCGCAACCGUAGCCGAGUGGAAGGACGGUCUGAACGAGGCCUGGGCGGAUCUGCUGGAGCUCAUCGACACACGCACACAGAUCCUCGCCGCGUCCUACGAGCUGCACAAAUUCUACCACGACGCCAAGGAGAUUCUGGGACGCAUCCUGGACAAACACAAGAAGCUUCCGGAGGAGCUGGGCCGGGACCAGAACACAGUGGAGACGCUGCAGAGGAUGCACACUACAUUUGAGCACGACAUUCAGGCUCUGGGGACGCAGGUGCGUCAGCUGCAGGAUGAUGCGGUGCGUCUGCAGUCGGCGUAUGCGGGCGAUAAAGCGGACGACAUCCAGCGGCGUGAGGGCGAGGUGCUGGAGGCCUGGAGGAGUCUGCUAGAGGCCUGCGAGGGCCGGCGAGCUCGCCUGCUGGACACCGGAGACAAGUUCCGCUUCUUCAGCAUGGUGAGAGACCUGAUGCUGUGGAUGGAGGACGUCAUCCGCCUCAUCGAGACGCAGGAGAAGCCCAGGGACGUGUCGUCUGUGGAGCUUCUCAUGAACAACCACCAGGGCAUCAAGGCUGAAAUCGACGCCCGUAAUGACAGUUUCACAGCCUGCAUUGAGCUGGGCAAAUCUCUGCUGGCACGCAAACACUAUGCAUCAGAGGAGAUAAAAGAGAAGUUGCUGCAGUUGACGGACAAGAGGAAAGAUAUGAUUGACAAAUGGGAGGACAGAUGGGAGUGGCUGAGACUGAUUCUGGAAGUGCAUCAGUUUUCCCGGGACGCGGGCGUGGCGGAAGCGUGGCUGCUGGGUCAGGAGCCGUAUCUGUCCAGCAGAGAGUUGGGUCAGAGUGUGGACGAGGUGGAGAAGCUGAUCAAGCGGCACGAGGCUUUCGAGAAAUCAGCCGCGACCUGGGAGGAGCGAUUCUCAGCGCUCGAGAGACUGACUACGUUGGAGUUAUUGGAAGUGAGAAGACUGCAAGAAGAGGAAGAGAGGAGGAGGAAACCACCGUCACCAGAUCCUGUUCAGGCACAGGACGGAGAAACACAGCAGAGAGAAGGAGAGCAGAUUGCCCAGAACGGACUCCCGUCAGACCAGGACUCUCCACGGGAUGGAGUGGAUGGAGAGAUGAACGGUGUGGCUGAGAGGAGCUCGAAGGAGCCGAGUCCUAUCCCGUCUCCGGGUGCAGACAGACGAGGGAAAGGGAGUCAGUCGGCCACACUGCCGACUAAAGGACAGGAGACCCCGUCAGCUCAGCUGGAGGGAUUCCUGCACCGCAAACAUGAGUGGGAGGGACACAACAAGAAGGCUUCCAGCAGAUCCUGGCAUAAUGUGUACUGCGUGAUCAAUAACCAUGAGAUGGGCUUCUACAAGGACAAUAAGAACGCAGGUCAGGGCAUCCCAUACCACAACGAGAUCCCCAUCAGCCUGAAGGAGGCCGUGUGUGAGGUUGCGGUCGACUAUAAGAAGAAGAAACACGUCUUCAAGCUCCGAGUUACUGAUGGAAAUGAGUAUCUCUUCCAAGCCAAAGAUGAUGAGGAGAUGAACACAUGGAUUCAGGCCAUCCAGAACGCCGGCAGCGGCUCGUCGUCCUCUGAGAAAUCUGAGACGGCGCCGAGUAACCAGAGCACACCGGCGUCCAGCCGCGCUCACACACUCCCGGCCACCGUCAGCAUGACCAGCGAGUCCAGUCCCGGGAAACGAGACAAAGACAAGGAGAAGGACAAGGAGAAGCGCUUCAGUCUCUUCAGCAAGAAGAAGCAGUAGAUCCGCUCUUUCCCUCCUCAUUUUAACACUUCUUACUCUCAUUCGGCCGUUUGAUUUGUGUCCGGUAUCCCAGCAUGCAAAGCUCUUCAGAAACGCCACACUCUUGUGCCUGACACCACACUAAUACACUGCAGAAAUGCUCGACUUUGUCAUGAUUAUUGUGCAAAAAUAAAAUAAAAAUCAAGAAGUUUUUUCUAGAUUAGUAAAUAAUAUUGUUUUGUUUCCAGGAAUAAUGAGUUGAAAUUUAUUUUGAUUUUCAGAAAUAACAGAAAAUAGGAGUCAAAAUUAAUAUUUGUUUCCAGAAAUAGCUUAAAAUUAAUUAUUGUUUUCAGAAAAAAGUUGAAAUGUAUUUUUAUUUUCAGAAAUAACAGAAAUAUUGAGUCGAUAUUAAUUAGUAUUUUCAGAAAUAUUGUAAAAAUUAAUAUUUGUUUUCAGGAAUAAGUAAAAAUUGAUUAUUGUUUCCAGAAAUAAUUCAAAAUUCAUCUUUAUUUCCAGAAAUAGGUCAACAUUAUUAAUAUUAUUUUUUUUACAAAUGAGUCAAAUUUAAUUAGUUUUUUCAGAAAAAAAUGGGUCAAAAAUUCACUUUCAUUUCCAGAAAAACGUAAAAAUUAAUAUUUGAUUUUUGAAAUAAUGAGUCAAAUUUUAUUUUUAUUUUCAAAAAUGAGUCCAAUUUAGUUUGUAUUGUCAGAAAAGAUACAGAAUACAUUUUUUUUUCUAGAAAUAAGCAAAAAAAAAAUUAUAUUUGUGAAAAUGACAGAAAUAUAGAAAUAUAGAAGUCAGAAAUGACAGAAAUAACGGGUCUAAAUAAAUUUGUAUUUUCAGAAAUAACAGGAAUAAUUAGUCUAAAUUAAUUAUUGCUUCCAAAAUUAAGUCCAAAUUAUUUUUAUUUUCAGAAACAACAAAAAUAAUGAGUCGAAAUAUUUGGAAAAAAUUGAGUCAAAAUACAUUUUUCUUUUCAGAAAUAAAAAAAAAACAACUGUUGUUUUAAAAAAUAAGUCAGAAUUAAUAUUUCUUUCCAGAAAUACAAUUAUUAUACUUUUUUUUAGAAAAAAAAUUGUUUCAGAAUUUUUGAUUUCAAAAGUAAAAACUCCAGAAAUUAGUCGAAAUUCAUUUAUAUUUUCAUAAAUAGCAGAAUUAAUGAGUCAAAAUACCUUUUUUUUCGGAAAAAAAAUUAUCAAAAUACAUUUUUAUUUUCAGAAAUAUCAAAAAAAGAAAUGAAUUUUAGAUUUCAGAAAUAACUCAACAUUAAUUUUGUUUCCUGAAAUAAUAAGUCCAAGUUAAUUCUUAUUUUUCGGAAGUAACAACUCAAACUUAAGGAUGUCUUUUUUUCUUAAAACAAGCAAAAUAAUCCAACAGGGUAAGCAAAAUAAUCUUGUUUUCAGUUUGAAAUAAAUGCAUUCAGCUUACCCCAUUGAUUCUUCAAAAGAAAAAAAUUAUAAUUUUGACAUUUUCUAAAUCAAAAAGAAUUUUAGCUCACAAUUUCUGAGAACCAAACAAUAUUUUAUUCACCAAUCCAAAAAGAAGCUUCAUAAUUUGAACAUUAUUCAAUAUUUGCACAAGAAACAAGGCAAAAACUCAAUUUUCUUCAAGCAUUACUAGCAGUGUUGGGCCAAUCCAAUAGUAAAACAUGCUUACAAUUGACACAAACAAACGAAACACAAAUCUAGAAGUGGAUGGUUCCCGAUUUCAAGAAGGACCAGCUGUUUUUUUACGUUUCUAUAUUGUGCUCUCUCUCUCUUUCUCUCUCUCUCUCUCUCUUGUUUUUGUACCCGUGUUUUCAUCGAGGGCUCUGGAUGUUGAACACAUUUCCUCAAUUUUGUGAGGCUGUCUUGAAGAGGCGACCAAUAUUUCUCUCUCUUUCUGUUGUUGUUAUUGUUAUUAUUAUUGGGGAACAAGACAGUAACGCUUCGAAAACAAUUCCAUUACGCGAUAAAACUAUAGUCACGCCAUUCAGAUUUGCCUUUAAACGAUAAUAAGCUGAUUCAACUAAAACGCUAACACCAAUGUAGACUAUUAACAUGAAGGCUCGGUAUAGACGUGAGUGGGUGGGUGUGUGUGUGUGAGUGCGUGUGUGUGUGUGAUCAAGAAUGGGUCGAGCUGUACGAAUGUUUGCUAUAUAUACAAAGGACUAGUAACCUGAACCAUUUCUUUAUUAUUAUUAUUAUUAUUUGUCAUUUCUCUUGGGUUUUAUUCAUAAUAUAUGUUCAAAUACUUCUAGUACAGAGUAUAAAUAAAUAAAAAUAAUAAUUAGAUGUAUUAUAAACACAAGCAUCAAUGUUUAAGUGAACACAUUUACUGGUUAAAAGGUAAUACUCCAGCAUUAAAAACAAAAAACCAACAAAAAAAAAUAUGAUGAAUAUGAAUACGGUUACUUCCUUGUGGGCUAAUAGCACUGAGCAUUAUCUUUAUUUCCCUCUUUGUUUGUUUUUUUCUCUGCUUUUUUGGCUUCAUCCCGCUCUCUUUGAUACAUAGUGCGCAUCCCCUCCGUCACUGUAUCUAUUGUAAUGAGAUUUUCAUCUACUGCACAAUCAAACAACGCAACAUUAUAGGAAUGAAAUCCUGCGGAGCGCGUAUAGAAACCUGCGGCUCGACGCUCAGAUGUAUGAAACUGCACCUGUAGACUUUAACCCUCCUGCCCUGUUAAAUAUGUGCGAUGUCAUUAAAUGCUUUUAAACAUUA